CGAGGAAAGAGAAGAAGAGAACCCGAGCGAGAAGAAAGACACACUUGGCUUUAAGACCUCCAUCAAGACCAUACACCUCGCUACCUUUGAGUCAAACAAUGGCAAGCGUGACAACAACAACGAGCGCAAACGCGGCGUUCUCCGGAGGUGUUGCCCAGGAGAUGCUCGCCGGCUCAGCUGGCCGGGCCGGCGACGGCUCCAAGCUCACGCCGCUCGAGGAGAAGCAGCUGCAGUCGCAGAUGGGUGCCGGCCGUGCGCAGGACGCCGCCUACUUUCUGGAUCGUGCUGACGAGACGCUAGUUCUUGGCGACGCCGAGCUGAUGGGCACCGACGAGGCUGGCGAGAUCAAGGCCAACCAGGGCAAGACGACCGUCAUGUUCAAGGGCUGCACCGGGUGCACGUACACAAUCACGAGCAUGGUGGCCAAGAUUCUUGUCGACCGCUGCGUCGACUGCACCUUUAUCUUUGAGGGCAAGAUCAUGACCUCGACCCUGGAGAUCUACAAGUCCUCCUCGUCCUCUUUUACCGUCGGUACCGUGCUCAAGACCGUCCAGGCCGAUCUCUGCUCGGCCAUCGAGCUCAACUUUGCCACCACCGAGAACUUUGAUCGUGUCGUCUGGGCCGGAACCGAGGGCCUCACCGUCGCCUUUGCCGACGCCCCCGACGCCGGCCUCGUCACCUCGUACUCUGCCAUGAAGGAGGAGCACGGACCGACGCUCCGCGAGGACAUCGACCAGUUCAUCAUCCGCAUCCUCGACUCCGGCGUCGCCGUCAACGAGCGUAUCAUCCGCCUGCCUAACGGCUUCCCCACCACUCGCCGCGAAAAGUAUGAGUUUGACGAGCGCCAGGAGCGCAACAUGCGCGAAAUGGCCAAGCGCGUCUACGGCGAGAACAUCGUCAUCCCCAAGCGCAAGACUGGCGCAAAGGUCAAGCCCAACGAGAAGUGCCCUUGCCUCUCGGGCAAGAAGUACAAGAAGUGCUGCCGCACCAAGGUUGGCGUCGAGUUUACCCAGGAGCAGGUCGAUCGUGCCCGCGCGUCGUAAACUACAGUAAUCCCCUC